GUAUGACGUAGCCAUAGCCGACAGCAGCUGCUCGGGAUACGGGUCGCUGCCUGGAUGACGUUUGAGAUUUUGUCGAAAAAAUCACAAUGACUUUAGUUCAAAAAGCUUUCUUUUGGAAAAAGAGUUCGUCUAUGUCAUUAAUCAGUCAGCAGUAGAAGCAGACAUCAGCGCUUUUCCACACCGUUUAUCUCAUCCCAGCUCAGCCUGAUUUCCCAGGUGGCUUUGCUGCACGGGGUUAGAGGAGCAGAAUGAGCGGGGCAGCGCUGGGCAUCGAGAUCGUGGUGGUCUUUUUUCUGGCUCUUUUCCUUCUGCAUCGGUAUGGAGACUUUAAGAAGCAGCAGCGCAUGGUCCUGUUCAGCACGCUGCUCGCCUGGUACCUGUGCUUCCUCAUCGUCUUCAUCCUCCCUCUGGACGUCAGCACGACAAUCUAUAGACAGUGUGUGAGCAGCCACCAGGCUCCUACUCCUGGACCUCAGAUCGCCAACCAGACGACAAGAAAUGCAACCAUGGCACCUACUAUUAGCAUUGCAGCAGUGUGUCACAAGCCAUGGAGCUACAUUCCCGAUGGGAUCAUGCCUGUCUUCUGGAGGGUUGUGUACUGGACCUCACAAUGUCUUACAUGGCUUCUUCUGCCCUUCAUGCAGUCGUAUGCCCGCUCAGGAGGCUUCUCCAUCACAGGCAAAAUAAAGACCGCUCUCAUCGAGAACGCCAUCUACUACGGCACCUACCUGUUUAUAUUCGGCUCCCUGCUCAUCUACGUAGCUGUACAUCCUCAGUGGAGUCUGUCCUGGUACGAGCUGCAGACGAUCGGAAUCACAGCAGCCAACACGUGGGGUCUGUUCCUGUUGGUGCUGCUGAUGGGCUACGGCCUGGUGGAAAUCCCACGCUCUUACUGGGAAGCGUCUAAACAAGGACACCUUCUCAUUAAGACUUAUUUCAAAGCGGCUAAGCUGAUGACAGAGAAAGCAGAUGCAGAGGAGAACCUGGAGGAUGUCAUGGAGGAGGUGAGGAAGGUGAAUGAGUCUAUUAAGUAUAACCAUCCCUUCAGGAAGUAUGUUGAUACCAUCCUUAGAAAGUGCCCUGUUGAAUAUCAGGAGAAGAUGGGCAGGAAUAUGGACGACUAUGAAGAUUUCGAUGAUAAACAGAACACGUAUCCCAGUGAAAGGAGUUUGGUGAAGCUUCACAAGCAGGUGAUUUAUGCUGUGCAGAGACACAAUCGUACACAGGUACAGUGGCAGAUUCUUCUCGAUCAAGCCUUUCACCUGGAAGACGUGGCGAAAAACGAGACCAGCUCUUCUCACCAGUUCAUCCACAGCUUUGCACCAACAGAACCUGCAAGUUGGUUAACCCGCUACAUCUACACACCUACUGUAGAGUGGUAUUGGGAAUGUUUCCUGAAGCAAUGGUUUUAUCGUGCGUUGGCUGUUGUCCUGUCUCUCUUCUCCAUGGCUGUGGUCUGGUCUGAGUGCACCUUCUUCAGCACUCGCCCUGUCCUCUCUCUCUUCGCUGUGUUCAUCCAGCUCGCAGAACGAGAUUACAACUACCUGUACAUCGAGAUGGCAUGUUUCAUCACAAUCUUCUUCCUGUGCACUUGCGUGUACUCCACUGUGUUUCGCAUCCGUGUUUUCAACUACUACUACCUGGCCUCACACCACCAGACAGACGCCUACAGCCUGCAGUUCAGUGGCAUGCUUUUUUGCCGUUUGACUCCACCCCUUUGCCUGAACUUCCUCGGCCUGAUCCACAUGGACUCUGCUAUCUCUCACCAGGCGAAAGAGCAGACAGCCUACACUUCAAUCAUGGGGUCGAUGCGUGUCCUGUCCUUUAUAGCCAACGGAUUUUAUAUCUACUAUCCCAUGCUGAUAGUCAUCCUCUGCAUUGCCACUUACUUCAGCCUUGGGACCCGCUGUCUGAACCUCCUGGGCUUCCAGCAGUUUAUGGGGGAUAAUGAGAUGACCUCUGACCUUAUCGAUGAGGGCAGGGAGUUGCUGCGUAGAGAGAGAAGAAAACGGCAAAGGAUAGAGGACGGGGAGAACAGAAGAAGAGAGUGGCGUGAGCGCUACAGCCAUCAGAGAGAAGAAACAGGAGCGAGAAACAGGGCCUCUGCCUCUGAAAUGAAGGAAACCAAUUACGCUGACACACUCAACUCCAGCUCAAACAAACAGGCUAAAUACUCUCGCGGUGGAGGCACUCGCUCUGAGAGAGACCGCAUAGAGCUCCUGCAGGAUGCAGAGCCUCUGGACUUCAAUGCAGAAACGGUCUCUGACGACCCGCUAGACUCCAACAGGCAUGCAGGAGGACGGUAUCUCUCUAUGUCCUCCUCACAGAGCAGAAUCUUUGACGAUGUGUGAACACGUUUUAACAGGAGAAGAGCAGAAAGGAAGCUGGAAUUAUCUUCUGCUCAAUCUAACAUGGCGUAAGGAGACAUUAUUGGGCUUUGUGUCCUUCAUGAAUGUAGAAUGUUACAUAAUGCUGAGAAUGCACAACAGUAAUGGGUCCUCAUGUUAUAUCCUUAAAUGGAGAGCAUGUAUCUACUAAAAACCCUGUUCCGAUACUGUUUCUAUGCUCCCUCCUCAGCUUCCUAACUCUUUUCCCUUGGAUGAAUGUUAAUGGUCCGUCCAUUCUAUUACUUACUUAUUUAUCAUUAUUAUUAUUAUUAUUAUUAUUAUUAUUAUUAUUAUUAUUAUUAUUAUUAUCAUACUUAAGGAGAAGGAACUUACCCAGAAGGCAUUGCGAUCUGAGCUUUUCAGACAAGCAAAAAUCACCAGAACAAGGUGUUUAUAUAUAAGUAAACAGGAGCAAUGAAAUAAUUCAGAUGUCACAUUUGAUUAUUGCUUUACUUUGCGAUUUAUGUUACUAGUUAGCUCAGCUUGUUACCUAGUUGUCUGUAUAUAGCUUUGUAUAAAACAGCCACAGAAAUCAGUUUUCAUUGUUUUUGCCACCAAGGGCAGAUCCAGAUUUUUUUACAUUAGUAAAACAUCCUAUCAUUCUCUCUCUCUCUCUCUCUCUCUCUCUCUUUCUAUAUAUAUAUAUAUAUAUAUAGUAGUGGCAUUACUGUAUUUGUGCUCAUAGUUGCUCCAUAGUUCCUAAAUCUAAAAAGAUUUGGUUAAAAUACCUACAACACGGGCUUCAGAAAAAAAAAAGCAUUUGUCAGGAGUUCACAAGUUCAAAUCUGCAGCUAUCAGCUCUCUGAAUGAUGGAGAUGGUGUUAAUCUCUCUUCCUUGUUAAUCAGAGUAGCGCUUAUCAGUCAUGGUGUCUGCUAGCUCAUCACUGCAGAGGAGAAGGGUUUAGCAUGAGCUGCAGUUCAGAAUGUUGUGGUGGGCUUUGUGUGUCUCUGAGGAAACAUGUUGCUAGCCUUAACCCUCCCAGGGAGGUGGAUGUUGUGGCUAUUACAAGGGGAGCUAGUGGGUGGGAAUGUGCAGAUGACCACACUGGAGAGAAAUUGAGGAGGGGAAAAAUUACCCACAGCACUACAGACUUAAUUUAAUCAUGAGCUACAUAUAAUUUAUGAACCUCUCAGAGUUGGGAUUGGCGAUGAUAUAGGUGUUACACACUUUCCGAGUCAGCAAGGUCAUUUAAAACCUUUCUCUAAAAUAUCAAAAAGCUGCAUGGAUUUUUCUUCUCUUUGCAUACAGAGAAGCUAUUUUUAAGCUGUAUAAACCUGAAUGACCCAAGCAUUAGGUCACCCCAGGCAUGAUGCAACUUGAUUAUAUCUAGAGGUGUUGUAGCAUUUUAUCACAGGCUUACACAAAUUGAACACUUCAUGGUUGGAAAAAUGCUUAUUUAUAUUACUGUAAUCUUCCUGUCAGCUCCAAUGUCAGUAACAAUUAUUCCACGGUCAGCGACAUGGCAUUUUUCUCCAUUCCCAUGUUUGAUCUGGUGUGUGAACUGAAGCUCUUGACAUGUUUCUGCAUGACGUUAAACAUUUUACAGCUGUCAUAUGAUGAAUGAUGGCUGGUGAACAGAUGGUCCUGGGAAGUGAAUAGUGAAAAUGAACAGUUUACUGUAUUUAACCCAUUUUGGGUCUGCAAUGACUUUAUUUAGGUGAAUUCACCAGUUUCACAUCAUAGAUGAUCUGCAAUUAGUUCCAGGUGUACAUUUUGACAUAUUAUAAAAUAAUAAUAUAUACAGUGUUCUCAAAUGCUUAGGUGAGAUUUGUUGGAUUGGAAGCAAGAAAUAAACUGGAAUAAUUAUUUGAAUCAUCUCACAUGAAAAGAGGCUGAGAUUUAUAUUGAAGGAAGUACACAAUUAUACAUAGUGAAGUAUGUUUUAAUGUAAUAUUCUGUCCAUGUAAAAGGUCGGUUUCCAGCCUUCAUAUGCCGCUACACCUGCACAUACAGUAGAGAAAUGAAAUCUAAUAUUUAUUCUCUUUAAAUGCCUUCCUCAGUAAAUAUGAGUGUAUUUAUUUUUGUGCACAGUGCAGAUGGGCUUGUGGGGCUGAGCGAAACUCUCAAAUUAACUUUGCCAGGUGCAGAGUUGAAAGGAGAACCACACACUCACUACUGUGUGUGUGUGUGUGUGUGUGUAUGUAUAUGUAUAUAUAUAUAUAUAUAUAUAUAUAUAUAUAUAUAUAUAUAUUUCUGUUAUCAGUUAAAAUGGGAAAGACAUUAUAUUGUUUAAUGAGUGAAUAAUGAUGGUAUUUAAUGUCAGUGUUUGUCACAGUUUUUGUGUAUAUGAUUUUGAAGUUGAUUGACAUACUGUAUCUUGCUUGUUUCAUCAGAACAGUGAUAAAGUGACCUUAUUUUUUAAGAAUGACAAAAUGAAGGAUUAUUUGACCCGCCAUACAUCACUGCACUGCCAUCCUGAAUGCAAGACUACUGUGGCUUAUUCUUUUUUGAUAAUACAUGAUACAUAUUAA